GUUUGAAUUGCACCAAAGCAAGUUAUAAAUAAUCUGUCCUUCAAGUGCUCCUUUAGUCGCGGGCUAUUCAACAGUGUUUUCAAAUGAGUAAAGUCAAUCAAGAGUCAUUGGAGGGGUACAACCCUUUUUCUGAUCCUACCCCAAAAUAUGAAUCUUUAACACCUGAAACUAACGAAUCAUCUUCAGAUAAUCGAAAUAAAAAUUAUGUUUUCGAUAUUCCCCCACCACCAAUACCACCUACGGAAAUGUAUUCACCAUAUUCAAAAGCUACAGCUGGUGGUGGUAAUGAAAGCGUCUUAGCCUUGGAGCGUAGACAAGCUGAACUUGAAGCUCGUGCAGCCGAAUUAGAUCGUCGAGAAAAAGAACAACAAGCUCGUGUGAAUACAAUUCAUUCAGGUCCAAGUCCACAUAAUUGGCCACCAUUCCCUCCAUUCUGUCCAUGCAAACCAUGUGUUCGACAAGAUUUUGAAAAUGAUAUUCCAUUCGAUUGUCGAUGGAUGGCGAAAAUGGGUUAUGGUAUUUGGUUGGGCUAUGCUAUCUUGUUAAUAUUCAAUAUGUUUGGAGCACUAGGCUACUUUAUUGUUGGUAACGGUGCAGCUGAAGGACCACUGUUUGGUGCAUCAAUUUUAUUAGUGCUUGUUAUGCCACCUAUAAGCUUUUUCGGAUGGCAUCGACCUUUGUAUAAAGCAUUAAGAUCAGAUAGUUCAGCGAAUUAUUUAUUAUUUUUCCUUUUCUUUUCUGGACAAACCGUUAUUAUUUUAAUACAAUGCCUUGGAAUUGAUUAUCUUGGAUCAUGUGGUUGGAUUAAUGGUAUAAAAACUAUAAAUCGUAAUGAUGGUGUUGGUGUUCUAAUGUUAUUGAUUGCUACAAUAUUCAGUAUACUUGCAGGAUUUUGUAGUUUCCUGUUAUUUAAGGUUCAUAGAUAUUAUCGAUCAUCUGGAGCAAGUUUACAUAAAGCUAAACUAGAAAUGGCCAAUGCAGGAGUAUUUGAACGUUCCGGAGGAUUCGGUGCAAUGCCAUAAUUGAAAAAAGAAAGAAAAAGAGAAAGAAGACAAUAAUAAAAUAGUAAACAGGCAAUUUUUUAUAUUAAUCAGUUUACUUGUAACACAGUUUAAUCAAUAUGGAUACAGUUUUUUUUACAAAAAAAGAAAAGAAAAAAGUAACCGGACAUAUUUUGUCCUCACACAUCCACCCUUAAAACCUCCAGUGAUAUCUUUUUUUCUCUCUCUCUCUCUCUUCUGUUCUCUUGUCUCUAUGCACAAUGUUUGUUGUUGUUUUUCCCUGUUUAUUCGUUUUUUAACUUUUAAUUGUGAUUGUUUUUGUUAAGUUUUACGUGUAAAGAAUAACCAAAUUAAACUAACUAACUAACCAACUAACAUGUAACUAACUACUGGCUGCGAGAUUGUUUUGUUUUCUUUUUUUUAUUUUAUUCAAAAAUUCAUCUAUUUCCAAUGAUAAAUGCUCAUAUAUAUCCAUACAAGCAAACACCCCACGCCCACCCCACACACACACACAUGCUCAUGCACCGUUUAAUAAUAACAUGACGAGUACUUUUCUGUUUUACGUUUUUUUAUUUAUUGAUAUAUUGAAAAGAAAAACAAAGAGCCAAUCAUCUCUUCUUCUUCUUCUAUUUUUAACUCAUGGGUGUAUGGGUGGUAGUCUUCUUCUGUAUACUCAUAGUUGCCAUGGUCUUGUUCACUAUGAACACCGACUUUGUUUGCCUUCACCAUGAUUACUACUACGACUACUACUUUUCUCUAUUUCAAUCUGUCCGUUAUAUAUAUGAGUGCUUUUCAUAUGAUUUAACUUUGGUUAGUGUGUUUGUUGGUUAAAUCAAAUGGAUUGUAUGGUAUUUUUCACAUAUAUAAACGAAAAAAAACUUGUUUCAUCAUGUGUUUUUUGUUCUCUUCUUAACCCGUUUUCUUUUUGUUCUUCUUUUUAUUAUCAUCAUUAUCGUCAUGUAUUAACUUGACAGAAUUAAAACUAAAUGAAAAUCAUUCAUAAGAUUUGUUUCUACUAUAAUGUUUGUUUUAUUACUUACUUCAAUACAUUAUAUUAUGAACUUUGUUUGAUUGUGUUAUUUAUUAUCUUGAUUAAACAAUGGUACCUUUUUUGAGGGGGGCAGAGUUCCCAGUAGUAGUUAACCUAUAGUAAAUUGUAUUUAUAAUAAACAAUUGAGAUUUUUUUCUUCUUUAGUAUGAUCCAACGAAUGAGAAGUUGAAUAUAUUAGACUUCCGAUACAUAACAACAAUAGUAAUAACACUUCAAAGUUAAUAAUAAUCUAUACACUCUAAUAUAAGAUAGAAACGACAUGACUAUCAGGAUAGGUUUAUAUUCCAAACUAAAGUUGAUAAUUGAAAAGGAACAACAUAUUAAUAACCUUGAAGCAUAUGAAGUUAGUGAACUUUUCUAAAAAAUGAUGACCAAUUAGAUGGCUGGAAAAAAAAUCAUUACAAAUACGAGUUAAUGGAACGUCAUUAUUAUAACUUAUGACCGCUGAUUAUGGAGUAGUGACUUAUCGAUCGGAUCAAUGACGCGUAAAUCCGUAUGAGCAGCCUAGAGUUCUGAUUGACCCUGUUUUCCGCCUAGCCCAGCCAGAUAAAUCCAGAACGCAAUUCUCAGCCUCUGAGAUAUGAAUCGUUAUAUUUCAAACAUACUAGGUUUAUAUAUCAACCAGACAGACCACAACGUACCAUAAAAUAGAAAAUAACGUUUGUACAACAGGAAAAUGACACGUGAAACAAAUAUUGACUAGUAGGGAAACGACACGUGAAAUAAAAACUGAACAACAGGAGAAUGAUACCAUUUCAAGUCCAAUGAUAGCAUUGGACCUAACAGAGUAAUUUUUGGGAUAUUUUUCUGAAUAUCCCAAUACUCAUACAGUUUACCUCAUUAGCACUGUUUAAACUAGAAUACAACAUUAUGGAAUCAUGGCCUAUUGAUCUGAGAUGCAUGGACAGAUGCAGACCAUGUGAUGAUAUUUUAGAUUGAUAUAAUAACUGAAGUCAAUAAUUGAAAUGAACGUAAUACUAUUUUUGUUCAGUAUAAGCAUCAUUAGAACACAUUACGCCGAGAAAUGGAGACAGACAUGAGAAGAAUGAACAACAAUUGGAUAGAACUAAGAAGGAAAGCUCAGGAUAGAGUGGGUUGGAGAAUGCUAGUUGGCGGCCUUGUAGUAGGCCCAUUGGGAGUAACAGGCGUAAGUAAGCAUCAUCAAUUUCUACCCCACUAAAUGCUGAAAAUUCAAAUUUCAAUUAAAGUCAUUAGGUUUGUUGACAGUCAUAUAAACUUGUGACAUAUGAGUGAAGAAAUAAAGAAAUUAAUCUUGAAUGUAUUACAUUUUAACGAAAGUAUUCACUUAUUUAAAAUAUAAUUCCAUAGAUCCGGAUCGCUUAAUAAAUUCAGAUAAACGGAGAACAAGAUUUGUAAAAUAGCAUGAAUUCAUAGUUCCGCACCAGAUACAAACGGCUCCGAAGUUACAUUGGUACUUACGCCUGUUACCACUUUUGGAGAGUCAUAGAUCGCUCACCUGAAUUCUCUAUCCUGAACAAUCCUUUUCAUGUCUGCUUUCAAUUUUCGACACAGUAUGUUCUUCGGCCUUCCUCUCUUUUGUUUCCCUUCAAGAUUCCAAGUUACGGCUUGCCUCGUGAUGCAAUUUGAUGAUUUCCAUAAUGUAUGUCCUAUCCACUUCCAGCAUCUUUCCAUAGUUUCCUCUUCAACUGAAAGUUGGUUUAUUCUCUCCCAUAGUAGCCUAUUGCUGAUGGUAUCCGGACAUUCAGUAUCAUGCGUAGACAAUUAUUUAUAAAUACUUGUACCUUUUUGAUGAUGAUUGUAGUAGUUCUCCAAGUUUCACCUCCCGCACAGUAGAAUUACCUUGACGUUCAUAUAGGAGAUUCUCACUUUAAUAUUGGUUGACAAACAGUUGUUUUGAGUCCCAUAUAUUCUUCAGUUGUAGAAAUGCUGCUCUUACUUUGCCAACCCUCACUUUUACAUCGCCGAGAGUGGGGAAAGUCAGCUUUCCCUUUCGCAAUACUCUCACAUGGUCAUGUGCAUAAAACCACUGCCGGGAAAAUCCUACUCACUGCCUUCUAGCACCACGGAUGUUGUUCACAAAAUUGACAGGACGAAAAGCGAAUGUCCGGUUGGGCUUAAACUGGGUCGAUGGAUACGGAAGAUUUAUCUUGUAC